GCGGGAUACGAGUGUCCUACAUGUAAACGGACAUUCCUGGUACGUGACUCCUUCGAAAAGCACACGAAAAACUGUCACAGCGUCUUCCUCUCGAAAAGGCCGAAGUUCAACGCGCGUAAGGCGGCGAGUGGAGGUAGCUUUGCCUCGUCUCCGCUAUACGACCGUGGGGUCAGCAGCGUUCUCGCGCCACCUCCAG